AUGUUCUGUUUAGCUAUUGAACCAACAAAAACAUCGGUUAAACUCAGCGAAUUUUUCAUUGCCUCAUCAAAGCUUUUGUAUGCAAAGGAUACUGUAAUAUAUAUUAAUGAAAAUAAUCGGGAAGUUUUCACCUUUAUUCCAAUGAUCUGCUCAAUCCUUGCUUUGAAGAACAAUAUGAAAAAUCCUUUCAUCAUGAUGAUUACACAGAAAAAAGAUUCACUUGAUGAAAUAGCAACAUCCUUAACUCAAAAUCUUUGCAAUGAAGCUGAAGUUGAGACUGAUAUAGCAAAAAUGACUGAAUUAUUCAAACAAGAGAAUCAUGACAAGCCAAUUAUUGGCAUUUUUACUCCAAGAGACCUUCUUUUGAUUAUGAUGAAAUGCGAAAAUGAUAAAAUUGAUAUUAUCAAUAAAACAAGAUUUUGUGUCCAUGAUUUUGCCAGAAGAUCAGUUUAUAUGGAUGUAUUAAACACAAAAUUGGCAUUAAUUUCCCAAAGAAUGUCCAUUGAAAAUCAUGUCAUUCUGCUAAUCAAUGUCUGA